AUGCGCUCCCUCGCGUCCCUCGCCCUCGCCCUCGCCUCGACAGCGGCCGCGCGCGACUUCAUCGAGCGGCCGCACGCCGAGGCGCACCCGCUGAAGCCCUACAAGGCGUUCCCGGCGUCGACGCCGCGCACCAAGACGUGCUUCGUCAAGCCCAGCUGCACCGAGGGCCGCGACGACUCGAAGAAGAUCCUCGCGGCGUUCGAGGCGUGCAACGACGGCGGCACCGUCGUGCUCGACCGCGAGUACACCAUCUGCGAGCCCCUCGACCUCCGCUUCCUCCGCCACGUCGACGUCGCCAUGACGGGCACGGUGCGCUUCUGCGACGACAUUGACUACUGGCUGCCGCGCACCUUCAAGUACCAGUUCCAGGGCGCCUCGACCUGGUGGGUGUUUGGCGGCGAGGACGUGCACAUCUACGGCGCCGGCGUCGGCACGCUCGACGGCAACGGCCAGGCCUGGUACGACCGCUUCGCCACCAACAAGACGCUGCAGCGGCCCAUCCUCUUCGUCACCGACGGCCUCCGCGGCGGCUCCGUGACGGGCCUCAAGCUGCGCAACUCGCCCAACUGGCACAACCUCAUCGCCAACUCGUCCGACGUGCUCAUCUCGGACAUUGACAUCUUCGCCCGCUCGUCGUCCGCCAACGAGGCCAAGAACCUCGACGGCUGGGACACGUACCGGUCCGACAACAUUGUCAUCCAAAACUCGCACCUCGACCACGACGACGACUGCGUCUCCUUCAAGCCCAACAGCACAAACGUCAUCGUCCAGGGCCUCACCUGCAACUCGUCGCACGGCAUCUCCGUCGGCUCGCUGGGCCAGUACCCCGAGUUCUUCGACGUGGUCGAGAACCUGUACAUCUACAACACGUCCAUGUCCAACGCCGUCGACGGCGCCCGCCUCAAGGUCUGGCCCGGCUCCGAGACGGACUUCCAGCCGGGCCUCGGCGGCGGCGGCGGCGCCGGCUACGUCCGCAACGUGACCUACGAGCGCUUCCACUCGCGCAACAACGACGCCGCCAUCCGCAUCGACCAGUGCUACGGCGAGAAGAACGCCACGCGCUGCGCCGAGUUCCCCUCCCUCAUGCGCAUCACCGACGUCGUCUUCAAGGACUUUACCGGCACCGUCUCCAAGCGCUACGACCCCCGCGCCGGCGCCCUCAUCUGCUCCACCCCCGACACGUGCGACAACAUUCGCGCCUGGGACAUUGACCUCAAGACCCCGUCCGGCAAGGCCCCCGAGUGGCAGUGCCGCAACGUCGAGGAGUCGCUGCUGCAGCUCGGCGGCAAGGGCUGCAUUCCGGGGUGA